AUGGUGAAGAACGAGUUGAAUAGUGCUCCAAACAUUUUAAGUGAAUCCUACUAUGAAAGCAGAACAGUUCGAGAAAUUCUCAUAGCCAUCGGUAACAACUUUUCACGUUCUGUUGGCCUACUUGACAAAUAUAUACCACACAAUGAUAAUAAUGUGGACAAAUUUUGCGAUUCUAAUCAUAAUAAAGCUUCCGGUAUAGAGAAAGAUACAAAAUCUUCGCCGAGUCAAGGAAGAAGUGGUAAUGCGUAG